CAGCUCUCACACUCGUGUAGACACUUGCCGAAGGAGGAUCCAUCCAGCUUCCUCGUCUCAUCUGUCCGACCUGUUACAGUCAUAGAUUCACAUUCAAAUGAAAUGUUCAAGAACGGGUGUUGUUCGUGCCCACGUUUGGAGGCGCUUAGGGAAAGACUUUUCAACUCGUCAAAGCCUGAAGUUGAAACAUGUGCAAAUACUGGCGAACUUCAGACACAAAUUCCGUCUGAGCCCGAUGGUGAGAUAUAUACGGCGCUAUGGCCCUUCCAUGCCCGCGCAGACGAGGAACUGUCCUUCCAGGACGGAGAACAGUUCCGAAUUUACAAGCGCGAGGGUGACUGGUGGACAGCCUUUAAACUGGACGGAAACGGAAAGGUGACAGCCAAGGGCGUCGUUCCUCAAAAUUACCUGGCGAGAAGGCAAACUGUGAAAGAGCAACCUUGGUAUUUUGGGACACUGAACCGUUUUGAGACCCAGAAUUUGCUUAUGGCUCCUGGGAAUGGAGUAGGUUCUUUCCUGGUGCGACACAGUGAAAAAGAUCACAUUGGGUGUGUAUUAUCAGUGGUAAUCAGUGACAGGGAAGUGAAACACAUUAAGAUCCAUCAGAAUCCGAAUGGAAGUUUCUAUUUGGAUCCGAAUGAAAUGUUUCAGAGCCUGGAGAUGCUGGUGGAGCACUACAGGAGCAAUUCCCUGAGGUCUGGUAACUGUCUCACACGUCCCUGCGCACGGCCAGAACCAAAACAACAGGAUCUUUCCCAUCAAACAGUAGAUGAUUGGGAGUUACCUAAGGAAGAGUUUACACUGGAAGAGGAGCUCGGUACGGGAUACUUUGCUGAUGUUUACCGUGGAAAAUGGAAAGGCAUGGUCAAUGUUGCCAUCAAAAUCCUCAAAAGAAAUGAGUCUCUCAACCACAGGGAUUUCCUGUUGGAGACUCAAAUAUUAAAAAAGCUCAGACACAGACAUCUCAUCACACUCUUUGCCAUCUGCACAAGCUCCAUCCCUUUCUACAUCAUAACUGAGCUUAUGGAAAAAGGCAACCUCCUCAGUUUCCUCCGAGGUCAGGAGGGGCGGGACCUGGAAGCCCUGACACUAAUAGAAAUGGCGAGCCAGGUGGCUGAUGGGAUGGCGUACCUUGAGGAGCAGAACAGCAUCCACAGAGACCUGGCAGCCCGAAAUGUUCUAGUUGGAGCAAACAACAUCUGUAAAGUGGCCGACUUUGGCCUAGCUCGAAUCAUAAAGGAGCCAAUUUACUCGUCCGUUGAUCAAAAGAUACCAUAUAAGUGGUGUGCUCCUGAAGCCAUCAGCCAUGGAAGGUUCUCCAACAAAUCUGAUGUUUGGUCAUUUGGAGUCCUCCUAUAUGAAAUCUUCUCCUAUGGUGGAGUCCCAUAUCCAGCUUUCUCAAAUCAAGAGGCAUACAAUAUGAUCUCCUCGGGGUACAGAAUGCCUGCGCCCAAUAAGUGCCCAUCGCACAUCUAUGACAUAAUGCUGAUGUGUUGGAGAGACUCAGCUGAUGAAAGACCAGAUUUCAGUGAACUUAAAAAGAUCCUGGAGAACUUGUGGAACACUGAGAGCAGCCAUGACACAUCAGAUCCAGCAGGAGGCGUCAGUUAACAGUGUCAUGCAAAGGCAAACGAGCGGGACUGUGCCAGCAUUCAUUUUCAUGCAUCACUCAAGAUUUCUAAACAUCUUUUCACCCAUUACUUUGCCUUUUUUUACAGUAUUCAUGCACUUUUACUUUAUUUUCAAAUUUCACGAGGAAUUAUUCACAUUUAAUUUAAUCAAACUUAUUCUCAAAUCUACAUAGAGGCAUUACAAGUGACGCGAGUUAUGUAAUCAGAUUACAGUUACUUUUUCAAAUAAGUAACGCAAGUUACUUUGUUUUCCCUUGUAUUGAAUGACACGUCUCCUGUCCCCAUGUUGAGAUAAAGUGCAGAGGAGUUGUGUGUGCUGUGUAAACAUGAUGGUUAUUGGUAGUUGUAGACUAAAUGUGAGCAUGCAUUUACUCGUCUCACUUGCACAAAAACAGAUUCAGUAUUCCUCAAAAAUAAAAACAGUGAAAUGCAAACU